AGGUUUGGAGAGGCGAAGAUUAAGAUAAGGCUGCCUUGGGACAAAAUCCUGUCAGUAUGCUACAGUCUGUUGCUAUGUUGGCAAGUGAUCGGGAAUUGUUUAUACUUUGUUCGUGGCAUUAAGUGUUUCAGAGACAAGUCCUCAACGUUCCUUUGUGAAAGAAAUGCAGCUUUCCUGUAUUCAGAAGAACUUGAAGUCGUUUGGCUCACUACUCAAACCAUUCUUAUCGUCGUUGUCAUCGUCUUAUUACCACGAAUACCAGGAUUCCUCGGCCUUAAGGCAAUCUUCCAUCGGUUGAAAUGUGUUCCCUCAUUUUUCACAUUGGUUCUUCUUCUCGUGAUUGCGGUAUCCAGAGAUGUUAUGCUAUUACUAACAUCUCCCAAAACUUUCCUUACCAUGGCGAUCCUAAUCGGGUUUGCUCUAAAAUAUACACUGACAGUUUUAGCUGCAGCUAUGCUUAAUUAUACACAGCUGAGUACUUUAAAGCACCGAUAUCCCCUCUACGUGUUUUUAUUAUCGAAGUUGACUGUCUUUGUGAUUUUUCUCGCAAGUUUCAUUCAUUUCACCAACGCGCUCAUUGCAAUAACUUUCAACGUUCAAAAAUUUCCUGCAGCGAUGAGUUCAGCAAACUCGACGGAUUUUCAUGUGGUGAAUAAAUUGUUAGAAAACUUUGGCGUCACCAGUUUUCGAUUCAAAUUAAUGAGUUUCUUCUGGACGAAGCUAUUCAUCGAUGACAAGGGUAUUUUUUGA